AUGGAAAAUAAAGAUUCAAAGAAAAUUUUUGGGGAUGAUUCUGAUGAUGACACAUCAGAGGAUAGUGAAACUUGGAAGGUCAUUUCAUUAUUAUGGUAUAAUACGGGUUCUCCCUGUGAAAUCAUAGACAUUGCAUGGUCUCCGGAUGCUGAAUAUAUCGUUGCUGCAUGCAUGGAUGGUGGUUCCAGAAUAUGGCGUGUGAAAGAAGGUCAAAAACCUUUAAAAGACACUACCAAAACAUGUGAUGAUUUGAGCGAGCAUAAAUGUAAUAGUGAUAACCAUACUGCAGUGCUUGCAAAUUCUGAAUCCAAGAUCGCCGCCGUAAAUGAUAUUUCAGCAGCUUAA